UCUAUCAGGUCCAGGGGCGGACUGACUACUCAUGGAGCCCCCGGACAGUAGGGGAUCAUGAGGCCCCUGUGUUCCUUGCCCAAACUCAAUAAAAGCCUAUGAAAAAGGUACCAGGGGCAUCUCAUGGGGCCCCUACUGACCCGGGGCUCUCGGGCAGUGCCCGGGUUUCCAAAUGGUCAGUCCGCCCCUGGUUGGACAAAUGCCUUCUGGGCAAUGGACAACACAGAAAUGAUCGUUGCCAUUAACUUUCCAACUCUUGGCCCAGUCUAUAAUGGAGGUGACAAG